AUGGGCUGGUUCAGCGACGACAGUGAGCAGGCUCAGGCCUAUGACGCUUAUCAAUCGUUCACCGACCGCGAUGAACACAAGGCCAAAGUAAGCCAUGAGCUGAUUGCUGCCGCCGCCUCCUAUGAGGCCGCUAAGGCUUAUGAGGGUCACGUUGCUGCAAAUGGCCAGCCUCCUAGCCACGAGAAGGCCAAGGAGAUUCUCGCUGGACUUGCCGGCGCUUUCAUUGACCGUGAAAUUGAGACCAAGGGUCUUGACUUUAUUGACCGAGAGCAGGCCAAGAGACACGCUGAGCGUCAACUGGCCGAUGUCUCCUCUCAGGAUUACUACUAG